AUGGCGGAAGCAGGGUAUACGUUGCUGUACGUCGGUGAUAUUGAGCCGACAGUGACAGAUUAUGUUCUGUUCGAUGCGUUUUCCCAGAAUCUUGAAGAGUCCAUCGGCCACAAAGCACUCUACGACACAUUUCGGAGUUUUGGAUCCAUUCUAAGAUUCAAAUUGGCUACUAAUAAUGACACUGGUCGUUCAAAAGGCUUUGGCUUUGUGCAGUAUGAAAACGAAGAAUCAGCUCUCAAAGCCAUUGGUUAUUUGAACGGAAUGCAUCUUAACGAUGAGAAAAUAUAUGUAGGACCUUUUCUUCAGAGAGAUUCUCCAUACGAUAAGGGGUUCUUCACUGAUAUUUACGUCAAGAAUUUCUCCAAGUCAUUGGCUGAUGAAGAGCUUGAGAAGAUUUUUGGAGAGUUUGGACCGACGACGAACUGUCUGAUCAUAAGGAAAGGUGAAGUUCGUCAAGGAAAGUCUAAAGGCUAUGGUUUUGUUAGUUUUGAAAAUCCAGAGGAUGCUGAGAAAGCUGUUGAGGCUUUAAACGGGAAGAAGUUUGAGGACAAGGAGUGGUUGGUCACGAAAUCGAAAAUGACGUAUAAGAAUGGAUAUAAUUUGAAGCGAGGUUUGAAAUAUUACAUCAACAUAUCUCAGGGUUUGAACUACUUGUGUGUUAAGAAGCUGCAUAAAAGUGUAACUGAUGAAAUUCUCAAAGACUAUUUCUCUCCCUAUGGAACUAUAAUAUCAUGCAAGGUCAUGCAAGACUCUAGUGGAGUGAGUAGAGGAUCAGGCAUUGUUGCGUUUUCGAAACCUGAGGAAGCUUCUAAAGCUAUGGAGGAAAUUGAUUGGAAAAUGAAGAUAAGGAAACAAGUUUACGUGGAUUUAGCUAUAUCACUUGCAAAUGCAACUCCCGAACAGCAGAGAACCAGGUUAGGUGAGAGUCUUUACCCUAUGGUGGAACAACUUGAGCCAGAGUCAGCAGCAAAGAUUACAGGAAUGCUUCUUGAAAUGGACCAAACCAAAGUUCUUCACUUGCUUGAAUCCUUCGUGGCUCUCGAAUCCAAAGUCGCAGAGGCAACUGCGAUCCUGAGGACUGUAAAAGAGCAGCAGCAACAACAACAUAGAGGUGGGUCUGAAUCUGCGAGUGGCUCAAAAUCCUCUCUAAGCCCUGACUCAAAACCCUCUCUAAGCACAAGUUUUAUAAGCCCAAAGCCCAAGUCACUAGCGCGUGUGAACAGUCGACUAUCGAUUGGCGAGAGGUCAGUCGUGUUGCUGACCAACAGAUUUGAUUCCUUCGAAUGA